AUGUCACGCACAUACAAUGAUGCCGUGAAUUCGCUCAACACCCUUCAGUCCAAUUUCGCUAUUGUCGACGCCAUCCGUAAGUCGGGGCGAUCGUUGAACGAACAAGCCAUUCCUGAAAUGAUCGACUGGUGCCGCAGGAUCGGAUACAAGCCCUCAGAUUUCGAUGCCUUGAAUGCUAUACACAUCGCCGGGACAAAGGGCAAGGGAUCCACGGCCGCCUUCACCUCUUCGAUCCUCACACAGUUCAUUGAUUGCGAUGAGCCCGGUUUUAGACCUUUGUCAAAAGUUGGACUGUUCACCUCCCCACAUUUGACAUCUGUUCGGGAACGGAUCCAGAUCAAUGGCGAGCCGUUGUCUGAGGAAUUGUUUGCAAAGUAUUUCUUCGAGGUUUGGGACCGCCUCGAGAAUGCUGCAAGAGAUGCAGGGGAAGAUCCGGUGUCGACGAAGGCCAAACCUGUUUAUUUUAGGUAUUUGACCCUGAUGGCCUUUCACACCUACAUCAGCGAGAAAAUCGAUGUUGCAGUAAUCGAAUGCGGCAUAGGUGGCGCCUACGACAGCACAAACGUCCUGGAAUCUCCGGUGGUAACGGCAAUCACAAGCCUGGGAAUUGACCAUGUCGGUAUGCUUGGUGAUACCAUUGGCCAGAUUGCUUGGCACAAAGCCGGUAUCAUGAAGAACGGCGUCCAUUGCUUCACGCCUGUCAGCCAGCCGCAGGAGGCGAAAGAGGUUAUGGAGAAAGUGGCAAGGGAGAAAGGGUGCCACCUCGAGUAUGUCAAGCCGAUGCCGAAGAUCGAGACUGGAGAUUACAAGCUUGGGCUCCAAGGAGAGUUCCAGAAAAUCAAUGCCACUCUCGCGCUUGAGGUUGCAUGGAAGUGGCUUCGCGAUCAAGGAUUCAAGUCGCACGAUCGUGAGUUUUUUCUGAAGGUGAGAAACGGCCUGCAAAAUGUUCGGUGGCCCGGACGAUGUGAUACUAGAACGGAGAGAGGGAUCAAAUGGUAUGUCGAUGGUGCGCACACACUGGAAAGUAUUAGGCUGGCUGGCGAGUGGUUUGCGUCUCAACUCGUCACGAAAUCACUACCGACCCACGGAUCAUCGGAACCUCUACAUCCACCACCCCGCGUCUUGAUCUUCAAUCAGCAGACCAGGGAUGCAAACGCCUUUGCAGAGGAACUGUUCACCACGCUUUCCAAGGCUCUGGACGAUUCACGGCCUUUUACCCACGUCAUCUUCUGUACUAACACGACCUUCAAAGAAAGCGGCUUCAAGCCGGAUCUGGUCUUCGUUAACUCGAACGCGUCAGAUGUUCAGGGUUUGACAGUUCAGCGCCGUCUGGCUGAGACAUGGGCCAAGAUAGACCCUACGGCCAAGGUCGAAGUCGUGCGCGCGAUCGAAGAAGCAGUAGAAAUAGUCCGAGAUUUGGCAAGGCUCUAUCAACAAAGGGGAGAUGAGAAUGCAGAGCGGACAACUCCAACUGGGGAGAGGACCAAGAUCUCGCAACCACAUGAGAUGAGCCCCUCGAGCGCAAAGGAGCAGACGCAGAACGCGAGCGAAGAGGAAUCGAAAAUUUCAUCUGACCAAGAACCGGUGAUCACUGCUUUUGUCACAGGGAGUCUGCACCUUGUGGGUGGCUUUCUGGAGGUUCUGGAAAGUACCAAGGGUCCUGGUGUUACAAAUCCCGAAGGACUUCCUAUAUCGGCCCCUGGUGAUACGAGACGCGGUUAG